UGACUUCUGAAGUGGUGAAAAUAUGUAAGGUUCACUUCUUUGACUUACUUUAGAUAUUGCAACUUCAUCAGAAUCUAUUUGCAGAGGCUGCGAGUUGCUUUCCACAGUGGAACAUACUGGUACUUUUGAACUGACAUGUAUUGGGUUAUUAACAAACACUGCAUCUCCUUUUACUUUACUCUUCUUAAUAGGCAGUGGGUCUACUUUCUUACCACAUUCAGGCAGUGGAUCCACUUUCUCAGCAAAGUCAGACAGUCGAUCAACUUUCUUAUCACACCCUUUCUUCAAAUUAUUUAUGUUAUUCUUCUUUCUUUUAGGCAUAAUGAUAAGUGAAUGCAACCAUCAAGUCAGUUAUAGAAAAUAGAAUGUCUUUUACAGAUUUGUUUGAUGUCUGUAUAGCAGUCCAAUACAGUAGACUCCGUGCCUCGGUAAAUGGGCUGUCCACGGGCAUCCAAGCACUGCUGAAUGGACUAUUGGGCCAGGCCGAAGCUGCCAGGACUCAUAACUAUUCUACAGUCAUCCCGACGACUGAGAUCCCCUCCUAUCCAUGGCCACCGAAAUGGGUCAGCGAUUCAUUAGGGAGGUUGUUGAAAAAACGGAAGACUGGAAACAAAAAGAAAAUCUAUGAACGCCCUUGACGACCAACUUCAACUGACAUUUCUUGUCACCUGCUAUGAUGGCCCGGGAGCAGUGAUGACCGACAAUGUAGAUUUGCCCAUGCUAAUUGAAAAUGGUCUUGGUGCACCACAAACAGAAGUGACGAAUUUGGGACGCAAAGGGAAUAAAUUCCCUCUCAAUAUGACUGCAGAAGAGUUCCACAUUGCUUUGCUUGCCCUUUUCCCUGCCAUCAACCUCAAUGGCAUUAAUUACCAGAUUUGUCGGGCUGGUGUCUCAAAGCGAUUGAUUCCACUGACUGGGAGAACACCAGGAGAAUUAAAGUUAGAAUUUUCCAAUCGAUCGUCCAAGAACAUCCACCUUGUCCCAGAGAGGAAGAUCACCUCCAUUCCGGAUUCGUUAUUGUACCGUAACAAUCGUCGCACUGCUAUCCCUGUAAAUGAAGUUGGUGUUACACCUCAACCAGAACCCCAGGCCCACGCACACCCGGACCCUCAAGUAGGGGUUCAAGAUGAUCUUUUGCUCAACCCCCUAACCGUUUGCCCUAUAUGCCAUCGAACAGACGUGACAGCAUUAGGCUGCCAAUUCUGCUUGUCACAGCAAGCUUAUGAGCAGUCUCUUGGGAUGGACUGUGCCAGGGAGCAAAGGGCUAUCCGAGAAGAUGAACAGUUCAGGGAGGCCAGAGAGUUAUUAAAUCGGCAAGACCAAAUACGUUCCGAGAGAAUAAGGCGGUCGAGUGCGUUUAUCGAGCCAACGAUACAAGAGGGUUUCAGCCUAAGGAUUAGGACGGACACUGGCUGUCUUACCAGACGGUUCCGGAAAUCAGAUAGUUUGUCCCAUCUGAUGGAUUUUAUUGGGUGCGAGGAUGCAGCUACCAGUCAGUUUUAUGUUGCCUGCAUUCAGAAAAAGAUUUUUUGCUGCGAGGAAAAUGCCGGAAAGACGUUGGCAUAUUUUGGGAUCACUCAGAGUGAAGUACUCAAUGUAUGUUGGGUUGAUGAUGAGAUACCACCUCCUGCUCCUUUGCCUGAAGUCGUGAUAAGUGAAACCCCUGAUUCACAAAAUGAACCAAUCGCAAUUGAAUACAUCCCUAGUGUGAUACUGAGACCACUGCCAAGGACGUCAGCAUUACAUGCAGCAGAUUUCGUUUCUGCUGUAGCAUAUGAUCAUAUGGAAGUUCCGCUGCCAGAGAUGCGCGUGAUAGGCCUGCUGAAUCGACCACAUUGGAUACUGGUAGUGGUACCACUGGUGAUGUAACCCGUGCAAGAGGUCGGGGUCGGGCUGCAAGACGCCAAGAUAGGCCAACCCAGCUGGCUACUACAUCGCAUGCUAGGGGUCGUGCUCGUGGUAGGAGAGAACAAAGACAAAAUGUCCCAAAUCAUCUCUUGUUAAAGGAUUUACUCACGGAAUACCAAAUGGCCACCCGGGAAGGCAAUUUUGACCUGAAACAGAGGUUUGAGGUCGACAGGCAAAAUGUCUUGGGUGCCACUAUGGCAAUUGCUAAUGACAUCAAAUAUACCUGGGAUAUAGAUGUCACAUUCAUCAAUGAGGAAGCCGAAGACAUGGGAGGACCAAGAAGAGAAUUCCUCAGCAUCAUAAUGAAGGAACUCAUUGAGAGCAAUGAGCUGUUUGGAGGCCCUUCAGACAGUCGUUGUUUUGUUUUAAAUUUACGCCAAUUACUGCAAAAAAAAUAUUAUAAUGCAGGACAUCUGCUCUCAUGGAGCCUCCUGCAUUAUGGGCCAGGGUAAGGGUUCCUUGAUGCCAGACUGUGGCAUCUCAUGUCAAACAGCAGUUAUGAAGUUGAGGAUGAAGUUGAUCUAGGGCCCGAAAGAUUCAACCUACCUGAUGCAGAUGCUUGCAUCAAUUUGAUAGAGCUUGAUGCAUGUGAAAGUGAUGAGGAUUUCGCCUCAAAAUGUCAACACCUCACAACUUGGGGAGAGGCAUGCGGUUAUCAAGAAAUAUCCGAACUGACUCAGCUGAGCCAGAGAAAAGAACUGGUUCACAAUAUUGUCAGAUACUUCCUUGUGGACAGGUAAGACACUUCUGCUUUUUGGCUUUGAUCAUCUGUCAUCCGGCUGAUUUUCUCUAAAUGGUGACGUUGACGAGACCGACUGUAAUACAUAUCAUGUAUAGUCAACACAUGGUGUAAUGUAUUUCAGUGAUUUCGGAAAGAGUGUGCUGAAGGUAGAGUGAAAAAUCAGCCACCAAUACUAUCAUGAGGACUUUGGAUCAGUGACACCUGUUGCUGGAGGAAGUGAAAACAAAAUGAGCUCAUUUCAUAAUUAGUGUGCACUAAAAUCUUAAAGACUUCAAAGUAUUUUUUAUUGUGCAUUUUACUACAUGUCAAUCACUCUCUUAGGGCACAUGCAGCUAUUACGCAAUUUCAAGAAGGCAUGAAUAGUCUUAGGUGGUCUUUUCAAUAUUAUAAAAAGAAACCCACAAUUAUUCGUCCCUGUCAUGUGCGGUGCAGGGAAAAAGAUGACAGUCCAGGAGCUGUCCGACAUCUUCCGAAUCAAUUAUCGGAACCCAAGGGAUGAGGCUGAUGAUGAGCAUGCUGUAAUGAAAUGCAUGACGAUGUUCCUCCAAGAUUGCGAAAGUGGAAAAUUUGACAUAACUGUCAACGACAUUUUGAUAUUUGUCACGGGAGCCAAUCGAAUUCCACCACAAGGCUUGGGGAUGAUUGAUGUUGAAUUCUUUGACCAGCUUCCUAGGGAGGAACGCUUAAUCACCCCGUCGACCUGUGCUCUGCUGAUCCGCCUGGACAGAUGACUCCAGGUGCAGGAGUAUUUUAAUAGAAAGGUGGAGUUUGCUGUAAGGGAAGGCCUUGCAGCAGGAUUUGGAAAAAUAUAGUGCUAAAAUGUUCACUACAGAAUGUACAUGUGAAGAGUUCAAAAUCCACUUCAGGUCUUUUCAAGUAAAAGCAACUUUUCUGCUGCGGCAUUAAUGGCAUUUGCAUUAAAAAUGACAUCUUGAUACUUGAUUUUCGAUGGGUUGUAUAUUUUGCAUUGAUUUGGCUUGGUAUUCACAUCAGGGGUACUGUCAGCUUUCCUUCACCAUAGUUAUCUCAUUUUUUUCCUGAAUGCCCUCUGGCGAUUUUUGCAUCUGAACUCGUCAUGUUCAGUUGUGUUUUGACCCAGUUGGUUCACGACCGUUCAAAUUUUUAUAACCUUUUCUCUUUUACUGUUGGCUUUGUAAAUCGAGUAUUAUUUCUUACAUGUUGGAAAUAUUUAGUGUUUCUAUAUGUCUUCGGGCUCAGCAGUUUCUUAUGUGUAAAUUUUUUGUUUUGAGGAUCAAGAAUGUGGGCCAGUGACUGUUAGUGUUGAAUGUGUAAUGGUUUACCGAGUGUGCCCGACCUACGUCACAGGGGACAGAAAGGCCAAUCGAGUACACACGGAUAAGCGGCAACAAAGUAUUAAGUUGAACAUUAUUUUGCACGCCUUACGUUCAUGAUUGUACCCCCUCUCACGAAAAUAUUGUAUGCUCACAAAAAUAAAGAGGUUUACAGUAGUCUAAAAAGAGUCACUAAAUUUUGGAAUAAUUCAGUACAUUAUACAGGGUGUUAAUCAAUUGUUAGAAAAAUGGCCAGGGCCAUUGUGCUCACCUCAUGUGGAGGAAAGAUGGAUAAAGAGCAUGGUAUUGUGUCAUGUAGUGUUAGGUUUGAUGUAGGUCCAAGCAAUUACAAUUUCCCCAAAAUGGCCAAUUUACAGUACAUUCGACCUCUGUGACCUUGAAAAGUAGGUCAAAUCAAAGAAGACCGGGUGACACAUUGAAUGGUUGUUAGAAUUAGAUGUACCUAUGAUAUAAAAUUGGUGCCAAUCGGGCAAGUCAUUACUAGGAAUAAUGGCAUUUUGAAGAAUAUAGGAUUUGGCCCCCUCCCUGGAGGCCAAACGGCAAAUCAGAUCGCACCAAACUUCGGUACCUGAGAUCACCUGACCAAGGGGUACAUGUGUACUUAAUUUGUGAUCAAUAGUCAUUGCAGUUAAGAAACGUGCCAUAGUUACGGCCUGACGACGAAUUUACGCCAUUUGACCUCUGUGACCUUGACAAGAAGGUCAAAUUAAAAACAUGUGUGACAUAUACUGUAUGGUGGUUAGAUGUACCCAUGAUAUCAAAUUGGUGGCAAUCGGGCAAGAAGUUAAGGAAUAAUCACAUUUUUAAGGUUUUUUGAUUUUGCCCCCUGGUGGUCAAGUGGUGAAUCAUAUUGGACCAAACUUUGGUCCCUGAGAUCACCUGACUAAGGGGUAAAUGUGUACCAAAUUUGGUAUCAAUAGUCAUUGCAGUUUAGAAACGUGCCAUCGUUACAUCCUAACGGCCAAUUUACACCAUUUGACCUCUGUGACCUUGAAAAGGAGGUCAAAUCAAAAACCCGGAGGAUAUAUGAUGCACCUUUGCUAGAAGUACCUACCAUAUUUUUUUCAAAAUUUCCCGACUACUAUUAAGGGAGAUAUUGCAUAUUUUCACUUUUAACGUUUGGCCAAACCAUGAAACGAAUCGGACCGAAACUUGGUCUCCAAGGUGUCAUUACAUAAGGGUACAUGUGUACCAAGUUUCAACUCAAUAGCUCUAACAGUUACGAAACGUGCCCUGCUAACGGACGACGGACGACGACGACGACGACGACGACGGAUGACGGACGCCACGGUAUGGGAUAAGCUCACCUCUGCUAAGAGGUGAGCUAAAAAGGACCAGAAAAAUUUGCAAAUUCAGCUGCAAAAAAAGUAAACAGUUUGUCUGUCUAUUCUUCCAAACCAAACAAUUUUUCAAAAUUUUGCUCAAAACUGGCCUUUUUCAGAAAUGACUCCUCUUUUUCUCUGGUGUAUUGUGUAAUGACUUUUAUGAUAUCGACUUGCACAAUUGGUACAGUACCUAUAAAAUAGCACAAGUUUUUGCUGUCCAUAUCUGCAGUCACUUGCACAAUUGGUACAGUACCUAUAAAAUAGCACAAGUUUUUGCUGUCCAUAUCUGCAGUCAAUUAAACCAUAAUGUAUAUGGCAAGCGAGCGUUCGAAAAAUUCAUGUGAUCAGGGGUAGGAUUUUGUUGACGUUGCUUAUAAAAAAAACCCUCUGGUUUUUAUGAGAUACUCUUGUUCUAAAACUUAUGUUUGUAUCAGAUUCAUUAAUGAUCAUAGAUUAAUAGUUGGUAUUUGAGUCUUGAUCUCGAGUUAUGCUUUAGAGUUAUGUGAUUUUAAGCACACUGGUUUUGGCGUUUUUUGGAGAGAUGUUGCUCAGAGAAAUGUAGAACUCCGAGUUCUCCAGACAUCAUGAAUAUGCGGUGCAUGGUUAUCCAUCUGUAGUUGGCAAUACUUAAGUCCAUAUAUAGCACACCUAUGAAUAUUUUAAUGGAGUGUCUACUCAAAAUAUAUUAUGUUUCAAAAAACCAUCUCUUUCAUUCUUCAUAAUGUGAUCUCGGGACAUCAAUCUCAGUACAAGGAUUGUCACAAUCUGGAGAAACCAUAUUGUCUGGAUCUGUGGCACCUCGAUCUUGGAGCAUACAAGAUGGCACUUGAGCAAACUCCGGAUCCUACGACCGCAUCGGAGGAUAGUUCUGUUGGAGGAGCCCCUCCCUAC